UACCUUCAUCUAUACCAGGAUUUUCUAUCAAAACGAUGUAGAGGAAGAGUUUCUUUAUUUAUCUUCCUAGGAUCCUUUUACAUUAUUUUGAAUUUGUUUCGCAGAAGUGAAUCUAUGAAAGCUAUACCUGAAGCAACACGGAGAAAUAAUUGUACACACAGACUUUGUUUUCCCAUACCUUGUCUAUAAAGAACCACUUCUCUAUUUCUUUCAAGCAUCAAGAAUCUUUCACCUGCUUCCUAUGAAUUUCAACAAUUCAGAUACCCUUUGGUGAAAAUAGAUCACCGGUGUGUCAAAGGAGCAAGCUUUUGUGUGUUCAGUAAAGUGGGUUGUGAUGGAACAGAAACACGUGUUGUUGUCAGCAUUGAGUGUUGGGGUGGGAUUGGGAGUAGGACUUGGAUUGAGUACAGGACAGGCUGUUCAAAAAUGGGUGGGAGGGAGUUGUGAAUCAGAUGAGAUUUCUGGGGAGCAAAUUGUGCUGGAGCUGAACAACAAAGUCAUUGAUGGGAAGAACAGCAAAACCACAUUUGAAGACUUUCCUUAUUACUUAAGUGAAAGAGACCAAUUUUCGUUAACAAGUGCUGGAUAUGUUUAUUUGAAACAAGACUUUUCCAAGCACAUGAGGAACCUUUGUCCAGCAAGCAGAGCUAUGUUGCUUUGUGGACCUGCAGAACUUUAUCAGCAAAAGGUUGCCCAAGCUUUAGCUCAGUGCUUUGGAUCGAAGUUGCUGUUGCUAGACAUAAUUGACUUCUCCUUGGAGAUGCAGAGGAAAUAUGGAUGCCCCCGAAAAGAACCGUAUUUUAAAAGGUCCAUUUCUGAGGUGACUUUGGAGCGAGUGUCGGGUUUGUUUGGGUCCUUUCCAAUCUUCCCUUCAACUGGUAGAACCAGAGGUACACUACUUCGACAGAGUAGUGAAAUUGAAAAUUCCAGCAAUCCUCUGAAACUUUGUAGGAAUGCCUCUAGUGCAUGUGAUACGAUUAGCUCUUCUCAAUGUGAUCAAUCAGAUCCAGCUCCUUUGAAGGGCACAAGCGGCUUCUGUUUUGAUGAAAAGCUCUUCGUGCAAUCACUUUAUAAGGUCUUGGUUUCUAUCUCGGAAACCAGUUCCAUUAUUUUAUACAUCAAGGAUGUUGAGAAGCUCUUUGUUCGAUCACCAAGGCUACACAAUUUGUUCCAAAAGCUAAUAAAGAAACUUUCAGGACCAGUACUAAUACUCGGUUCGCAGAUAUUUGAUUAUGAAAAGGAUCCCGAAAUUGAUGACAAGCUCACUAUGUUAUUCCCUUACAACAUUGAGAUCAAACCACCUCAAAAUGACAGCGAUCUUGUAAUCUGGAAAACCAAACUGAAAGAGGACACAAAAACAAUUCUGUUUCAAGAUAGCAGAAACCACAUUGCAGAAGUACUUGCAGCAAGUGACAUUGAUUGUGAUGACUUGAAUUCCGUCUGCCAUGCUGACACUAUGCUACUCAGUAGUUGCAUUGAAGAGAUUGUGGCAGCAGCAGUUUCUCACCACCUAAAGAGGACUAAAGAUCCAGAAUACCGAAAUGGAAAAUUAGUUAUAUCAGCCAAGAGUUUGUCCUAUGUAUUGAGUUUGUUCCAGGAAAGUGAAAGUAAUUCGGAGACCAAAGAUUCAAACAAGGAUGUUCCUCCUGACAACGAGUAUGAGAAGCGCAUGAGAGCAGAUGUGGUGCCUGCAAAAGAGAUAGGAGUUAGAUUUGAAGAUAUUGGUGCAUUGGAUGAUAUUAAAGAAAUACUUCAAGAUGAAGUCCUACUUCCCCUCAGAAGACCAGAUUUAUUCAAUGGUGGGCUUUUGAAGCCUUAUAAAGGUAUAUUGCUUUUUGGGCCUCCCGGUACAGGAAAAACAAUGCUUGCAAAGGCAAUUGCAAAUGAAGCUGGAGCAAGUUUCAUCAAUGUCUCAAUAUCGACCAUCACUUCAAAAUGGUUUGGAGAAGAUGAAAAGAAUGUCCGAGCUCUGUUUUCACUAGCUGCAAAGGUUGCUCCAACUAUUAUUUUUAUUGAUGAGGUUGAUAGCAUGCUUGGGCAACGGACUAAAUCUGGUGAGCAUGAGGCAAUGAGAAAGAUUAAAAAUGAAUUCAUGGUCCACUGGGAUGGGCUAUUGUCAAAACCCGGUAAGCGAAUUCUGGUUCUUGCUGCAACUAACAGGCCAUAUGACCUUGAUGAAGCAAUUAUAAGACGGUUUGAGCGCAGGAUCAUGGUUGGUAUUCCAUCUGCUGAAAACAGGGAAAGGAUCUUGAAAACUCUCCUAGCUAAGGAAAAAUAUGAAAAUAUUGACUUUAAAGAGCUUUCAAUCAUGACAAAAGGAUAUACUGGAAGUGAUCUUAAGAAUUUGUGCACGGCUGCUGCCUAUCGACCUGUUAGAGAGCUACUACGACAGGAGAGGAUUAAGGAAAAUAACAAAAAGGAGGCAGUAGUUCAAAGCUCAGAAAGUGCAUCUGAUGCUAAAGAAGAUAAAGAAAACCGAGUUAUUACUUUGAGACCUAUUAACAUGGAUGACAUGAGACAGGCAAAGAGUCAGGUGACUGCUAGUUUUGCAGCAGAAGGAUCAAUAAUGAGUGAGCUUGAGGAGUGGAAUGAUUUAUUUGGAGAAGGAGGUUCAAGGAAGAAGAAGCAGGAGCAGCUUACUUAUUUUCUUUAGACUGUGGAAAGCUGAUUUUGUUUUGGACAUGUCAGAGUAUCUAUCACCAAAGGAUACCCUUUAACCAGGGAGGAAUACUCAGCAGAUCAGAGAUAUUGAACUAAAAGUACGAAGAAUGCACAAAUCAGAGGUUAAAGAGAUUUAAGCAUCCCUGAAAUGCUAUAUGGGUUCAAAGAAUGUGUAGAUCAUUAUCAUGCAUCAUGUUUGGGAGAGGGUGCUCAGUUAUGGUUUGCAUUGUCUGAAAACCAGUGGAAACAUGUAUUCUAAUACAUGCUAUGUGUUGUUGGGAAAUUGGAAUAAUCCACCACAGACCUUUUAGGUAUAGGAUAGAUUAUAUGCAAGUCACUGUCUGAGAGUAGAACUUUGUGAAUGGAUAGUGUAGAUGCAAUGCUUAUAAAUCAAAUUCUACAAUUAUCGUGUAUAACAUUAAAUCUUUCUUAAGAUUUGGAAAGAUGUUACCUUUUCGCGCAA